CGGGGGGCGAUUUACGAUACGGCAACAACCGGCUUUCAAGACCUCCAACUCUUCAACGUUAUCUAUCAUACCCCGAUUAUGUUGGAGCAAAGCCCCCUGGCUAUUAGUUCUGACGCUAAUUCCGCGCCAAGAUUUCCCCAGAAAGGCUUCUACAGCGUCGUCUAGGAUCGCCGCUUGCUUUCCUCUUUACCUUGAUAUCUUGGGGUUCCUUGACGUUUCGAUGGCUGAUUAUCUCCAAGCGUCAGACAUAAAGGCAGUAACCCACCUGCGAUCUGCGACCUUCUGAAAAGUCUGAAUGAAGAGUCUGCCAAUCUCCAAUGCAACGAAAAUCUCUUCCUCGCUAGCACAAGCACACGCACGUUCUACUUUUAUUUCCCCUUUGGGUCCCCAACGACCAUGCCACACGACUCCCUUCAAGAGAAAGGCGAAGACAUCACGCCGGCCGCUGAAUGGAGCAGUUCAAGCGCGGAUGCCGUCAAGUUGGAAGAUGCCGAAGAUGCAUUUGAGGUGUUCAAGAAAGGAGAUGGUUCGGUUGAUUUCCGAACCGUCAGUUGGAUACACGCUUCUGUUAUAUUCUUGAAGGUCAUCUUCGCCACAGGUGUCCUAACCAUCCCGUCGGCUAUGUAUGUCUUAGGUGCCUUACCAGGGGCCAUCAACGUGCUGGGCUGGCAGUUCUUGAACACGUACUGCGCAAUCAUCCAGGGAAACUUCAGAAACUCACACGCUGGGUGCCACUCGAUCGCCGACAUGGCCAAUGUCGUCGGGGGUGCCUGGUUAAGGGAAGUCGUUGGUGUGCUCUUCCUCGUCACCUACGCCAUCGUGGGGGCCUCGGGCAUCUUCGGAGCGUCUGUCGGUCUCAACGCCUUGUCGAAUCACGCCAUCUGCACAAACUACUUCAUGCUCGUCGCCACCGUCGCCGUCUGCAUGCUUGCCAGCGCCCGCAAGUUCGAGAAGAUUGCAUGGCUGACAUGGGCCGGAUUCUCGUCUGUCUUCAUCGCCGUCCUCAUCGUCGUUGUCGGUGUUACAACUCGAGCCCGUCCGGCAGCAGCACCCCAGACAGGCGACUUCGAACUAGGAUACUAUGUCAUCGGUAACCCUACCUUUGUAGCUGGCAUCACCUCGGCGGCCACAAUCUUCUGUUCGGGCGCUGGCACAUCGGCUUUUCUCCCCGUUAUUUCCGAGAUGAAGCGGCCGCGCGACUACAACAAGGCCGUCUACCUAUGCAUGGGCAUCGUGACGGCUUCGUACCUGUCCUUCAGCCUUGUCGUGUACCGCUGGUGCGGCAAGUGGGUUGCCUCACCGUCUCUCGGCAGCGCAGGCGACGUCGUCAAGAAGGUGGCCUACGGUAUUGGCAUGAUUGGCCUGCUCGUGAGCGCCUGCCUCUACGUCCAUGUCGCCGCCAAGUACAUGUUUGUGCGCUUCCUGCGCAACUCGCCCCACCUCCAGAAGAACUCGGUCGUUCACUGGGCUGUCUGGCUGUCCUGCACAUUCACCAUGUCCGUCGUCUCGUUCCUGCUCGCGUCCGGCAUCCCCAUCUUCAACUACCUCCUCGCACUCGCUGGUAGCCUGACAUUCUCGCCGCUCGCUCUGGGUCUUCCGGGCUACCUCUGGAUAUACGAUCACCAACAUUACCGCCGCGGCAGCCUGCUUCAGAGGACAGCAUACUGGCUGAACUGGCUGAUGAUCCUUCUGGCGGUUUUCCUGACCAUCGGUGGAACUUAUGGCGUUAUCCAGCAGAUCAUUGACGCGUAUGCCAAUGGCGAGAUCGCCUCGGCCUUCUCCUGUGCCGACAAUAGCAAUUCUUCAUGAUUAACUUGUACAGUACAUAUGUUUUUGCAAUUCAGAUUAGCUUGCGGCAGUCAGUUUGGGAUCAAGGCGGACUGGG